GCAGCAUUUGGAAAGGAGGAAAGCAUGGUGCAGCUGCCCGGGGGGGAGUUUCAGAUGGGAUCCGGCUCCCUGGAGAAGAGGAACGAGGAGGGGCCCCUCAGGGCGGUGAGGGUGAAGCCGUUUGCCAUCGACAAAUACCCCGUCACCAACCGGGAUUUCAGGGAGUUUGUUAGAGAAAAGAAAUACAAAACAGAAGCAGAAGCAUUUGGCUGGAGCUUUGUCUUUGAGGAUUUCGUGUCUGAAGAGCUGAAAAAAAAAGUCACCCAAAAACUGGAGUCUGCCCCUUGGUGGCUGCCCAUCGAGAAGGCUUUUUGGCGGCAGCCCUCGGGUCCUGGCUCCAGCAUAAAGGACAGGCUGGAUCACCCAGUGCUGCACGUGAGCUGGAACGACGCGCGGGCGUUCUGCGCCUGGAAAGGGAAGAGGCUCCCGGCAGAGGAGGAGUGGGAAUUUGCUGCCAGGGGAGGACUGGAGCAAAGGGUGUAUCCCUGGGGCAACAAGUUUCAGCCAAACCGUACAAAUCUGUGGCAGGGCGAUUUCCCCCGCGUCGACACGGCUGAAGAUGGUUAUCACGGCGUCUCGCCGGUGGCAGCGUUCCCUCCUCAGAACAACUACGGGCUCUACGACCUGCUGGGGAACACCUGGGAGUGGACGGCGGGCGAGUACCUGGCGCCGGGGCUCUCGUCGAGGCAGCGCCCUCAGAACAUGCGGGUCCUGAGAGGCGCCUCGUGGAUCGACACCGCCGACGGGUCUGCAAACCAUAAAGCUCGUGUCACCACCAGAAUGGGGAACACGCCAGACUCGGCCUCCGACAACCUCAGCUUCCGCUGCGCUGCCGACGUCCCGCCCGUCACGGCCGAGAAAAGCCGGACCAGACCUGAGCUCUGA